AGUCCACUAUUGUGGCUAGUCGUUAUUGUAGCUAGCUUCACAUAGGUCAAAACCACCUACCCACGAAAACAACCCCAAACCAUCCCGGCUAACGUUACGUUCAACGGUGUUGCAUUUAUAUCGUCUACCCAUCGGAAUAUAAGGGAACCUAAAACGAUUUAUUUUGAAAUUAAGAAUAUUUUUCAUGUAAGAAUGUACGCCGGAUAGCUACGCCAAAUUCCUCUGAUAGCUACAAGUCGCCAAUGUGAUGUUAUAUGCGGAAAGAGGCAUACGGGAACCCCAUUGAAGUAAUGAGGUGAAGAAGCACAAAGCAGGCUAAAGCAGCUGGCUACUAGCUACCUUCCAUACUCUGCUAAGUCUGAGACUGGGUCCUCCGGGUGUUCCCAUCCAAUGCUCCUGAAGCGCCAUGAGCCACAGCUGGGGACGAUUUACUACUCCAUAGACUGCCAUAUCUCCUGCAGCCUUUCCCUCUCUGUCCUCGGGCCCCCCCUGGCCCCUUCCCCCGUUCCCCAUUGGCCCAGAUGAAGAAGGUGGGGCAGUGGUCGGCGGAGGAGGUGUCCCAUUGGCUGAGCGAGGAGGGGAUGCAGGAGUACGGCGACUCCCUCCAGCAGGCGGAUGGCCCCGUCCUGCUGCGGCUCACCCCGGAUGACUUCCUGACCCCGCCCCUCUCACUGGUCUCAUCAGACAAUGGGCGGCAGCUCUUGGAACGGCUGGAGACCCUACGGAUCGAGCAUCACAUUGAGGAGCACCAAAAAAACGGCCACGCCAAUGGCCAUGGGAGGCUGCCCAACGGCACUGCCAAGCCCCUGCGGAAAGGUUCGCUGGGGCUUAAUGGCUUCCGGAAGGAGAUGGUCCAAAUCCCCAUCCCCAUGUUGGAGCCUGAACGCUCUGGGUUCCCCCAGGAGUGGGGCAAGACAGGCGUAGCGUUCCUCUACGCAGUCUGCUGCUUUGUCACUACCACUGUGGUCAUCUCGGUGGUCCAUGAGAGGGUGCCGGCCAAGGAGCAUACCCCACCGUUGCCCGAUAAGUUCUUUGACAUUUUUGACCGGGUGGAGUGGGCCUUCUCUAUCUGCGAGAUCAAUGGCAUGCUGCUGGUGAGUCUGUGGCUGCUGCAGUGGACCCUGCUCAAGUACAGAUCAAUAAUCAUCCGUCGGUUCUUCUUCAUUGUGGGUACCCUCUACCUGUACAGAUGUGUCACCAUGUACAUAACCACUCUGCCUGUUCCAGGGAUGCACUUCCAAUGCUCUCCAAAGCUAUUUGGGAACUGGGAGGUUCAGAUGAGGAGGAUCAUAAAGCUGAUCGCCGGCGGAGGCCUGUCAAUCACCGGCUCCCACACCAUGUGUGGAGACUACCUGUACAGCGGCCACACAGUCAUUCUAACACUAUCAUAUCUCUUUAUCAAAGAGUAUUCCCCUAAGAGGUUUUGGUGGUACCACUGGUUCUGCUGGACUCUGAGUGCAGUAGGCAUCUUCUGCAUCCUGCUGGCCCAUGACCACUAUACUGUGGAUGUGGUGGUGGCUUAUUUCAUCACAACACGUCUCUUCUGGUGGUACCACACCAUGGCCAACCAGCAGGCGCUGAAAGAGACGUCCCAGAGUAACCCAUUCUCCAGAGUCUGGUGGUUUCGACUGUUCCAGUACUUUGAGGGAAACGUCAAGGGCAUUGUCCCUCGAAAUUAUCAGCUGCCGUGUUCAUGGCGAUCGUCUCCGUGGAGCCAUGGGGUAAAGUACAGCAAAGUGGACACCCAGUGACCCAGGUCACAUGAGGGGUGGGAGCUGAGCGAGAGACCUCCUGAAGUUGUGAUCGUCUGAAGGAGAUGGUGUCGUGUUGCCAAGCCAGUGCUGUUCCCUUGACUUGUUGGGCUCAUUUUAGAAAAAUCCCAGUUCUGGCUAGCACUGUGACCAUAGUCUUACUUUAACACUACAAAUAAUUUUAUUUUGGGAAAGGUUUUUGAAUACUUAGCACACUACUUUGAUCAUGUAUUUUUUGCUUGGGACACUUUGCAAUGUUUCGUUGACUACAGCAGAUCUGGUCAAUAUUUAAAUAUUAUAUUUUGAUUAUUUUUUUUGUUGUUGUUUUGACCAUGGCUGUAACAAGUAGUUUAGACUCUUUUCCUCUGCAAAUAAUUUGAGAAAUUCUGGUCCGAUAAGGUCUACCAAGUGCAAAACAUGUCACUGAAAUGUUUAUUUGAUAACCAAAAUGCCAUACGUUGUCUGGGGGAGUUUUAGAUGCAAUUUUUUUUUUUUUUUUU